AUGCGCGAAAGGAGGACGAUAUCCACGGCCAGACAUGGCGGCGUUCAUGGCGAGAAGGUCGCGGGAACCGAUGACGCGAGUGCCCGCGCGAGGCUUGCAGGCUAUCUAUGCCACGCGCAACGUGGACAAAAAGCUUCCUAUCCUAUCUUUGCCGCCAACUUUGCCACCUCGCGCCCUGCCGUUCUCGUAGUCGGCGGCGGCGGCGGUGGAGGGCGACAUGGAGUCAAAAACCAAAUUACCGCAUUCGACUUCAGCUCACGAGCUCCAACCGUUGAAUCCUUUGCCGAGAUCGAAGCGUCGACUGAUGAUUCGGUCACAUGUCUGGCCAAUCUAGCGACACGGGACGGGCUGGUACUAUACGCUGGCAUCAACAGCAGUGAGGAGGAUAGACUACGAGGCGCAAACGAACACUUCAGGGCCUUUGAAUUGUCUUUCCCAAAGAGCACAUCUUCAAGCGGCAAGGGCGAGAAGUCGGAAGCCACACUAGGCUUCCUGAGCAAAGCUUCGCUCUUUGCACCGCCCAAGACAGCGAAUGGCAAGAAGGAGGGAUACCAGCGCAUAGUGAAACUAUCACCCGCGCAGAGAAGCGCUUCCGGAUCACCCAGCAGGCGGAUUGGCGCAAUCGCAUCGAGUCUUGCAGGCGACGAGAAUGAGGUCGUCAUUUUCAGCGCGACAUCGAACAAGCCACAAAAGGAGGAUAUCAUCGGACGUAUCAUGCUGCACAAGGGCCAAGAGGCGAACGACAUUGAUAUCUUUACACGAGAAGAAGGCAAGUUUCGGGUUACGUAUGUGGUCGACCAGGAAGUCUUCGUUCAGGAUGUCAACUAUGACUUCAAUGCGAGGAAAGCCAAGGGCAAAAAUCUGCACAGGAAGGUGUACGCAAUCCCGUCUCUCGGCUCAGGUCCAAGGUCGAAAUUGCGAUGCGUACGAUGGCUGUCGCCUACGCAUCUUCUCCUUCUCACCAACAAGCCAAACAGAACGGGGGUUGAGCUGUUGGUGCUGCAUCUGUACGAGGAGGGGCCUGGAAGCAUCAUCGCGAGGAAAAGCUUACCAAGACAUAUCAAGGCAGCAACCGAUCUCGACGUUGCUUUGCUCGACAAGGAUGCAGAUGGUGCCUAUCAGAUUGCGAUCGCCAUAGCUGCGAUAGACAUCUCCGUGAAUGUGUACACAAUGGACUAUCAUGGGCCGGCGAAAGACUCAUUGAGCUCGCUUCAUGCCUUCAACAGCUAUGAAAAUGUACAUGACGUACAAAUCACAAAGGCUGUCUUCUCUCCCUACCAUCCACAGGAUCCCUCGGCAAAAAAGGUCCCACAAUACCUACGGCUGGCCACCACUUCACUCGGCAACACCAUUUCCGUAGAGACCUUCCCGCUGAUAUCUCACGGCUCCCGCCAUGUUCUCCAGACGGCGCGAUCGAGGAACCUGUUUACAGCUGCAACCUACCUAGUGAUAGCCAUGGUCGUGGCUGUCAUUGCCCUCCUUAUACAAUCACUCAUCGAUCCAGAGGGAAACCUGACUAAGAGCAUACUUCCCGCAAGCCUUCAAAACGCCGCCGCCCAACACAAGACAUUUGGUGAAACGCUCCGCGAUAAGCGGCAUGAAGCCAUCCUCAACAAGGCCAACGCACCCGUCGUAAAGACGACGCAACGUAUCGCCGACCUCCUCCACGUCCAUCUUCCCCACGUCCUUUCGAACCCAGAGGCAGAAGCUCCGGUACCGUCGACAGCAAGCAAAGCACUUGUCAUCCGCCACAACGCCGAAUCGGAUGGUACGUUGAGCGCAGAAGUGCACGACGACCAUGAGACCGUGCUGGAGAAGCAUGGGGAGGCCAAGAAGUGGGAUGACCUUAGCAAGGAGGAACAGGCGCUUUGGAUCAAGAAGCUCAGUGAUGCGGGCAUGUGGACCAUGGGCGAGGGCACCACGAUUCUCAAGAGCAUUUUCUUUGGGCAGAUUGGCGGCCUUGUGGGCCAGGUUGCGCAGGGUGUUAUUGGGUAA